GGCCUCACUCACCGAGUCGAGUGAAAGGUUCAGCUACUCACCCAGCUGAGUAACCCACUGAGUGAGUGAGCCGAGUAUUGGGCGAGUAGUGCGCAGCCUAGCUAUUAGACGUGGCUUUACCUUCCAGAGCGCUUUAGUCCUCCGCCAAAAUGGUGGUCGUAAAUCCAGAGAAGCUGGUCAGUUUGCAGCACAAUGCAGAGGAUGUGAGGAAUAUCUGUAUUUUAGCGCAUGUUGACCACGGCAAGACCUCCCUCACCGACGCCCUCCUCGCCACAAACGGCAUCAUAUCCCCGAAACUCGCCGGCAAGAUCCGCUACCUCGACUCGCGGCCCGACGAGCAGCAGCGCGGCAUAACCAUGGAGUCCUCCGCCAUCUCCCUCCAUUUCUCGAUGAUGCGGAAGUCCGCCCCGGACGCGACACCCGAGCAGAGGGAGUACCUGAUAAACCUGAUCGACUCCCCAGGACACAUUGAUUUCAGCAGCGAGGUGUCCAUUGCGUCGCGGCUCUGUGAUGGCGCCGUCGUGCUUGUCGAUGCUGUCGAGGGCGUCUGCAGCCAAACGGUAACAGUUUUACGGCAGACGUGGAUUGAGAAUAUGAAGCCCCUGCUUGUUAUUAACAAGAUGGACAGGCUGGUUACGGAGCUGAAGAUGAGCCCGGGGGAGGCGUAUAUACAUCUCAACAAGCUGCUGGGGCAGGUUAAUGCCGUCCUGGGCAGCUUCUUUCAGGGAGAGCGGAUGGAAGAGGAUCUGAAUUGGCGCGAGAAGGUCGAUGAGCGAGUCGCUGCUGCGGCAGCAGCGAAACUAAAGACUUCCGCGUUAGACGAAUCCGACGUAGAUGUCUCCGCAUCAGCCGAGUACGAGGAGCGCGACGACGAGGAUAUCUACUUCGCGCCCGAAAAGAACAAUGUCAUCUUCAGCAGCGCCGUUGAUGGCUGGGCGUUCACAGUCAGGCAAUUCGCCAGUUUGUACGAGAAAAAGCUCGGGAUCAAGCGGAACGCCAUGGAGAAAGUGCUCUGGGGCGACUUCUACCUCGAUCCCAAAACCAAAAAGGUGCUAGCGCACAAGCAUUUAAAGGGCCGCAACCUGAAGCCGAUGUUCGUCCAGCUCGUCCUGGAGCAGAUAUGGGCAGUAUACGAGGCUACCACCGGCGGCGAUAAGGGGAAGGGUGACCCUGCCAUGACUGAAAAGAUCACGAAAUCACUCGGAAUCAGCCUGCCGCCGCAGCUCAAGCGGUCCCGAGACCCGCGGGCGAUCCUCACAGCACUCUUCUCGUCGUGGUUACCGCUUUCGACGGCUAUGCUUGUCUCAGUUAUAGAAUCGCUUCCCCCGCCACCCGCUGCGCAAGCCUCGAGGCUACCCUCUCUCAUCGACGCUUCACCAGGCUUCGACCACGUCGACCCCGCCGUCCGCGAUGCAAUGGUUAGUUUCAAAUCCGCCAAGGGUGACCCAGUCGUCGCCUACGUUAGCAAAAUGGUCUCGGUCCCCGAGAGCGAGCUGCCACAAAACAAAGGUCGCGUUGGGGGGAUGCUGAGCGCCGAGGAGGCAAAAGAACUAGGCCGCCGGAAGAGAAUCGAGAUUGCACGAGCUCUGGCUGCAGAAGGGGCAGCGGCAGGAGGGGGUGAUGACGUACCUGAUAGCGUUGAUAGCUUCGUGGAUACGUUCGCCAAUACCACAAUCUCGGAGACUAACGGGGGUGAGGAGGAGAAGAAGGUGGAUAAAGAGCACCUCAUCGGAUUCGCGCGGUUGUUCUCAGGCACGCUCUCCGUAGGUGAUAGCGUUUACGUCCUCCCUCCGAAAUUCUCGCCCGCACACCCCCAUCUCAGCCCCGAACCACAUAAAGUCACCAUCACGGGGCUCUACCUCCUAAUGGGCCGCGGUCUAGAACCACUCACCACCGUCCCCGCCGGCGUCGUCUUCGGCAUCGGUGGUCUCGAGGGCCAUAUUCUCAAAUCCGGCACGCUAUGCAGUCAGCUCGAGGGAAGCGUCAACUUGGCCGGUGUAGCGAUGGGAUCGCAGCCUAUCGUGCGCGUGGCGCUCGAACCGGAGAACCCCGCGGAUUUGGAGAAGAUGAUUCAGGGGCUAAAGCUGCUGGUUCAGAGCGACCCGUGUGCAGAGUACGAGCACUUUGAGAGCGGAGAGCAUGUCUUGCUCACUGCAGGGGAAUUGCAUCUCGAGCGCUGUUUGGGGGAUUUGAAGGAUAGGUUUGCACGAUGUGAGAUUCAGGUCGGAGAGCCGAUUGUGCCGUAUCGAGAGACGAUUGUUAGGGCGGAGGAGAUGCGGCCGCCUGCGGAUAAGGAGUUGGGACGGGGAACUGUUGUCGCAGUCACGACAUCCAAGCAGGUUACGGUCAGGUUACGUGUGCGCCCGCUACCAAAGAAGGUUACAGAGUUUCUAGUCAGGAAUGCAGGAGCCGUGCGAAGGCUUUACGCAGACCGCAAAGCCGAAGAGCAAGGGCGGAAUCAAGACGCCCAAACCGACAACGGCUCCGAGAAAGACGACCUAGACCUCAACCCCGCCGUCGUAGAAACCGCCGUCCUCUCCCUCGAAGACUUCAAGAAACAACUCCUCGCCGCCUUCGACAGCGUCAAAUCCGAGCGCGAUAUCUGGGCCGGCGUGAUCGAAAAAAUCACCGCCUUUGCCCCGCGCAGAACGGGGCCGAACUUACUCAUUGAUAAUACUGGGAUCUGUGGACGUUUCCUCCGCUCCACGGACGCUGAGGAGGUCGAAUCAUCAGCAGAGAAGGAAGACGUGCAGACGAUCCAGCCGAGGGAUUUUGCGGAUAAUAUAUCCUACGCCUUCCAACUUGCAUGCGCUCAGGGACCACUCUGCAAUGAGCCGGUUCAGGGCAUAGCUGUCUUCUUGGAUGAAGUCACCGUGGCACCUAAUUCCGACGACUCCUCCUCGCGCGACCAACUCGGCCGACUAACAGGCGAAGUUAUCAAGACCGCCCGCGAGGCCAUUCGCGCGGGUUUCCUCGACUGGUCGCCCCGCCUCCUCCUCGCCAUGUACUCGUGCGAAAUCCAAGCCUCCACCGAAGUCCUCGGUCGCGUCUACGAAGUCCUCACCCGCCUGCGCGGGCGCAUCCUCUCCGAAGCCCUAAACGAAGGAACGCCCUUCUACACCAUCCUCUCGUUGUUGCCUGUUGCUGCGAGUUUCGGCUUCUCGGAUGAAAUGAGAAAGCGCACGGCGGGUCUAGCAAGUCCGCAGCUUAAGUUCGCGGGGUUCGAGGUCCUUGAUGAGGAUCCGUUCUGGGAGCCGAGGACGGAGGAGGAGUUGGAGGACUUGGGGGAGUUUGGGGAUAGGGAGAAUGUUGCUAAGAGGUAUGUGGAUGGGGUGAGGGAGAGGAAGGGGUUGUUGGUUCGGGGGAGGGGGAAGGGGAUGGGGGAGGGGGAGAAGGGGAGGACGCUGAAGAGGUAGUGGGGGUAAGCUGGACUAAGCUUAGGGGAAUUUAGGGGAAUUUUUAGAAACUGUGGUGAAAUGUGUCUCCACAACCACACCGGGAUCGGUUUGAAAUUAUGGGUCUGGCAGACCAGUUAACCUGAGUCGUGGCGUAAAACUGUGAAUUUAACUACGAUCAACUAUGAUACAGGA